AUGCCAACGCAACAGUUUUCGGCACCGGGCCAGGUGAUCGAGGAGGCUAAGGCGGGCGGACACCAUGCCCACGGCACCCACAACUACCCGGAUCCGCUCACGCACAUCGAUCGCACCUCGUGGGAUGUCACCAUCAUCGGCGCAGGCCCGGCGGGCCUGAUGCUCGCCACCUCGCUGGCUCGCUUCGGCGGGUUCGACGUGCUCGUCGUCGACGAGCGUUCCGAGCCCACGACGGCCGGGCGCGCGGACGGAAUUCAGCCGCGCACCAUCGAGGUGCUGCGCAACAUGGAGCCGUUGGGUACCGAGUUUUUCAACCGCAGCGCACCUUCGUUCGAGCGAACGUUUUGGGAUCCUCGCUCGGAUGGGCAGCGCGGCAUCGAACGUACUCGCCGCGUGCAGUCGUUCCCCACGGAUAUGGAGAUUCAGGACAAUUGCACGCUCGGUCUGCAGCAGGGUCUUAUCGAAGGUGGCUUCCUCAGGGACAUGGAGCGCCACGGACAGCGCGUCACGCGACCCUGGGCCUACCAGAACUUUGAGAUGACCGACGACCCGACGUACCCUGUCAAAGUGACGCUGGAAAAGAUGAAGCCCGUCGUCGAGGCCACCAACGAGGGGGGCGCACCCAUCAGCGUCAUCAAGCCCACGGGCGAGACCAAGACGAUCCGCACAAAGUACCUCGUCGGUUGCGAUGGCGGCAGGUCGCGUCUGCGCAAGACGCUCGAGGAACACCACGACUUUACCUUCAACGGCGACUGGGUCGACACGCUCUGGGCUGCGCUCGACUGCGUGGUCGAGACCAACUUCCCAGACGUGCGUAAGAUCGCCGCGAUCCACUCCAAGAACCACGGUGCGCUCUACAUCUUCCCUCGCGAGAACAACGAGAAGGGCGAGCCCAUCAUCCGUUGCUACACGCAGGUCAACCGUCUCGAGGGCGAGAAGAGCAAGGAGUCGGCCAUCGACGCUCGCGACAAGGUGACCGCGCAGAUGGUGAUGAAGGCGAUCCAAGAGAUUGCGUUCCCGUUCAAGUUCGACUUCAAGACGGUCGAGUGGUUUACCUGUUACCCGAUCGGUCAGCGGUUGAUUUCGCGCUAUUCGCUCCCUGCGGGCAAGACGGCUAGCGGUGCGGCGUUCCCGGGACACAGGGUGCUGCUGGCUGGUGAUGCGUGCCACACGCACUCGCCUAAGGCGGGACAGGGGAUGAACACGGCUAUCAUCGACUCGCAGGCGUUGGCGUGGAGGAUCAACCUGGUCGAAAAGGGACUGGCUGAUCCCGAGAUUCUGCUGGCAACGUACCACGACGAGCGACAUGCUACGGGCAAGCAGCUGAUCGACUUUGAUUCCGAGUACUCGGCGCUGUUCUCCGGUGAAGUGCCCAAGAACACGCCCGAGGUGGCUACCAUGAGCGAUGCCGAGAAGCGCGAGCACUUUAUCAACAUCCAGCGUCGCAACGCGGCGUUCACCACGGGUGCCGGUGUCGUGUACGCCGACAAUGUGCUCAACUACCGCGAUCCCAAGAAGCUGGGCAUAGCCAAGAUCACGGACAAGCUCGAGCCUGGCCGUAGGCUGCAGCCUGCGUGGGCUACGCGCUGGUCCAACUCGCAGCCGGUGCGCAUGAUCCACGAGAUCCAGUUUACUGCGCCAGGUGGAUUCAGGAUCUACGUGUGCGCAGGCGAUCUCAGCAAAAACAUGCGUCACCUCGAGGCGUUUGCCAACCACCUCGCUUCGCCGCACUCGUUUGUCAACCGAUUCCGCGCUCACCCGCGCGCGUUGCAGCUGGAGCACAAGGCGUACCACCAGGUGCCGGACUGCCUCAAUACCGGGUUGGGCGGUGGGUUUAGCUCGGAGGUUAACCCGUUCUUCCAUCUGCUGCUGAUCGUGCGGUCGCAGCGGUUCGAUGUGGAGAUCGAGCAGAUCGCGCAUCUGGGUGCGUUGAGGAGCAUGCUGUACUGUGAUGAUAUCGAGGCUGGGGAUGGCGCGUUCAAGGUUACGCUGGAUGGCCGAUUUGUGGGUGGGUUGCAUGACAAGUGGGGGUUGCCGGGGGGUGGCAUUGUGGUGGUCAGGCCCGACGGGUAUGUGGGCGCGGUGGCGCCGAUUGAUCAGGGGCAGAGUGGGUUUGAGGCGGUUGAAAAGUACUUUGACGGGUUUUUGAAGGGUGCCGGUGUUCAGCAGAAGACCAGGUUGUAA